AAAAGAAAACGCAGCAAAAGAAGAGAGAGAGAGGAAUUGGUCGGUGAGUCGUUGUUUGGUUUCCAAGAAAAGCAUCGAAGAAGAAGAAAGAAAAAGGGCAAAACCAAAAACACAAAACAAAGAAACAAUGAUGGUGAAUUUUUCGAUGAUAGCUGGUGAUUUCAGUUUGAUUUGUCGUUGUUGAAAUGGGUGGUGGAGACGCCAUAACCAAACCCGAGCUACCGAGCCUUUCGUUGUCGUUGUUGUUGAGUCGCCGCUUUCGCUUCGAUUCCAAGUCUGCGUUGCAAUCACCACCACCACCACCACCAUUGUCAUCAUCUUCUUCUUCGAUUUCGCGCUUUUCAAAGCGCUCUCCACGACCAUGAUCAUUUCCCUCAGAGCCUCAACAGGAUCUCAGUUGCAGAUCCAUUUUCACAGUCAAAACCAAAUUCGCUUCCUUUCGUUUUCUUAUGGACCCCGCCGCCUCUCGCCCCGCCGUAGUGAUCGACAACGGCACCGGCUAUACUAAGAUGGGAUUCGCCGGAAAUGUGGAGCCUUGCUUCAUCGUUCCGACGGUAGUCGCCGUGAACGAAUCGUUCCUGAACCAAUCGAGAAGCUCGUCCAAGGCCAAUUGGUUGGCGCAGCACAGCGCCGGCGUUAUGGCCGAUCUCGAUUUCUUUAUCGGCGAUGAGGCGCUCGCUAGAUCGAGAUCUAGCAGCACUUACAAUCUUUCCUACCCGAUUCGACACGGCCAGGUUGAUAAUUGGGACGCAAUGGAGCGGUUCUGGCAACAGUGUAUUUUCAAUUACUUGCGUUGUGAUCCCGAGGACCAUUACUUCCUUUUGACGGAGAGUCCUCUGACUGCGCCAGAGAGUCGCGAGUACACCGGAGAGAUCAUGUUCGAGACGUUCAAUGUUCCCGGGCUUUACAUCGCGGUGAAUUCUGUGCUUGCACUUGCUGCUGGUUACACGACGUCUAAGUGUGAGAUGACAGGAGUUGUAGUGGAUGUUGGAGAUGGGGCUACUCACGUUGUUCCUGUUGCUGAUGGUUAUGUUAUUGGAAGUAGCAUUAAGUCAAUUCCCAUUUCUGGGAAAGAUAUAACGCUUUUUGUCCAACAGCUUAUGCGGGAAAGAGGAGAAAAUGUACCGCCAGAAGACUCCUUUGAAGUGGCCCGUAAAGUGAAGGAAACAUAUUGCUAUACCUGUUCCGACAUUGUCAAGGAGUUUAAUAAACAUGAUAAAGAACCAUCGAAGUAUAUUAAGCAAUGGAGGGGUAUAAAACCAAAAACAGGAGCACCAUACUCCUGUGAUAUUGGCUAUGAGCGAUUUCUUGGCCCAGAGGUGUUUUUUAAUCCUGAGAUAUAUAGCACUGAUUUUACUACCCCUUUGCCAGCUGUAAUAGACAAGUGUAUUCAGUCUGCACCAAUUGACACAAGGAGGGCUUUGUAUAAGAAUAUUGUGUUGUCCGGAGGAUCAACCAUAUUCAAGGAUUUCCAUAGGAGGUUGCAACGGGACAUAAAAAAGAUUGUUGAUGCCCGUGUUCUUGCAUCUGAAGCUCGACUUGGUGGGGAAAUAAAAUCUCAACCUGUGGAAGUCAAUGUAGUCAGCCACCCCAUCCAGAGAUUCGCAGUCUGGUUUGGAGGUUCUGUACUUGCAUCAACCCCAGAAUUUUUUGCGGCAUGCCAUACUAAAGCAGAAUAUGAGGAAUACGGGGCAAGCAUAUGCCGCACAAAUCCCGUCUUCAAAGGGAUGUAUUGAUGCAAGAUCAUUUCGUUUGAUUGGUUUUCUGGCAUAUCCAGAUAGAGCGUCUGAUGGAAUGCCUUGUCAGUUCCACCUCCUAUACACACGGCUUUUAAUUCUCAUCGUGAUGUUUUCCUGGCCUCGUGUGUGCACACGUGAGAGGUGGUGUAAAAUAUUGUCCAUUGAUUUCAUUUUGUAACAAAAUGGAUUUCUAUUCAUUAUUUUCUUAGGGAGUUGCAGAUCACCCCAGAACAGAAGCCAAUAGGAAGUGGUCAAUAAUGUUUCUGGCAAGUACGUUUGGCCCUAAAGAAUCAGAUGAGAAUCAUCAAUCGAGUAAACGUCGUUAGGGCUGAAUUGCAUUUUUGGUGGUCAGUUUAGUUAUAGUUCGACAGGAUUAUCAUUGAUCUUUUUGACCGUGAGGAUUCUACUAAAAUAUAAUUUCAGAUAGGUUGUCCCAUUCAUUUAGAUUUUGCUCAUUGUACUAUUAUUAGUUUAGUUUGAGUUACAAGAUAUGUUUAUGAACAUACAUUGCCCUUUGCCCAAACUCAUUUCAUUUUCAUGUAAUAUGAUUAUGAUCAUUAGAAAUUGAACUUUUGUCAAUUGGGCCCGAGUAAUCUUACAACACAAUCUGUCCUCGCUCAU